AUGAUCAGACUCGACAAAAACGGCAAGAUGUUAACUCCAUUUGAUUCGCCCAUCCAUGUAGCCGUCUCCAUAAUCGUCAUCUUCAUGAUUCUAGGACUUUUCAUGCAGUCGUUGGCAGUUACGUUCUUGCCUGUUUACUACCAAGUUUUCAUCCUUGACCUUUCCACAGCUUUCAUGCUGGCCGGGUUUGCCUAUCAGUAUGCAACUAUAUCCGUCUAUUAUGGAUUUUUUUACUUCUUACUCUUCUACAUCGCUGAAAUUAGUCUUUUUCCUACCAUAAGUUAUGGAGGCGUGGCUAAUCCUCUAGACCACUUGGUCCUGGUGAUGAGAAAAGAUUACAUCAGCUUGCUUAGGAUAGUUUUUCAAAUCAUCGGCACUUUUAUAUCGGUGACUAUUUCCAAAUUUGCAUGGAAUUUGGACGUUCCGAGCUUUAUGAUAAACUCAAUAUCGGCUAGAAAAGAGUUGGAGACCAUAGAUAUGCAUUACAUGUGUAGGACCCCUCUCAAGUUGGCAAUCAUUGAUGGUUUCCUGUUCGAGUUCUUCGGGGCCAUCGUCAGUUUGAUAAUUAGGAAGUGGAAGAUUAGGGAAGGAGAGAUGGAGGAUCAUGUUAAUAGGGCCUCCCUACUUGUCUUUUUAAAAAUUCAUGGCGCCUACUCGACGAACUUCAUCGUCAACCCUCUGAUCAUCGUCAGCUUCUACGCUCUUUGCCCACACCGCCUCACCUGGACCAUCAUCAUCGUCUACUUCCUGGCUCCAAUUUUGGGCUCGCUCACUGCCGAGUUACUAUCUCUCCUACCUGCCCCACUGGCGAAUAAAUCGGACAUUGAUUAA